AAUAACAUAUGAUUUUUGCUUAUACCUGUUUGACUUUUAACUUGACUUUUAUCAUUUCUUUGUUAAUUGAACUCUUAAUUUGUUUAGAUGGUUAAUCAAUUGUUUGUAUUGAUGUAUUUAUAUUGAGUAUUGUCUCAUCUGCUUUCACCUAAACCAGUGUUAAUUUUUAAUGACUGUUGAUAUAAAAAGUGAUAAUGUUUUCCUUGUUUUAUGGAUUAUGGAAAUACAUAUUCAAAAGAGAUGAGUUUUACGUGUUAAUUCUUGGUUUAGAUAAUGCUGGUAAAACUACUUUUCUGGAGCAGACUAAAAUUAAAUUUAAUCGUAAUUAUAAAGGUGUUAAUCUCAACAAGAUAACCACUACAGUUGGAUUAAAUAUCGGAAAAAUUGAGUACAAAGGUAUUGUAAUGAAUUUUUGGGAUCUUGGCGGACAACAUGAGCUUCAAUCUUUAUGGGAUAAGUAUUAUGCAGAAUCUCAUGGUAUAAUAUUUAUAAUUGAUUCAGCUGAUAUUGAAAGAAUUGAGGAAUCAAAGGCAGCAUUCGAAAAUAUGAUUACAAAUGAACAUCUUGUUGGUAUUCCGCUAUUAAUUGUAGCCAAUAAGCAGGAUAUUCCGGAAGCAUUGUCACUUGAUCGGAUUAAAUCAAUUUUCAAAUCAUCUGCUUCUCAGAUUGGCAAACGAGAUAUACAUUCAAUAUCUGUCUCUGCGUUAAAUAGUCAAGGCAUCACUGAAAGUAUUGAUUGGAUGACCAAUUGUAUAAAACGCAAUGUCCCGACUAGACCCCCUAAUAACGCUGAGGACUAGCAGUAUAAAAUCAUGUUAACUUUACCAUUCUCAUAUUCGCUGUCAUUAUAAAAGGACCAUAAUCAACAUCAUUCCAUAUCAUUUCUUCCAAUGACCAUUGCCUGUGUGAAUACUUUAGAUAUAAUCAAUUUGCCUACCUUUUACACAAAUUUUUGUUAAUAAUUUUAUAACCACUGUUACGAAAUUGUUCUAAUUUCAAUCAAUUAUUUUUAACUCUAUCUCAUCUAUGUGUAAUCGAAAUACUCUAUCCUGGAAAUUUUUGUCCCACCUGACAAUAGAUGGUUUUCUGACCGAUAUAGUCGAAUGAAAUUAUGCAUUCCACUUGCUAUUUUUAUACUCAAAUCGUUAUAAUAAAAAAAUUAACUAGUACAAGCUACAUAA